UAUUUCAGUAUUGUUAAUUCCGUCGGGCGAAUAAGAAAGGCUCGUUUGAGCGAGAGAACAAAAGCACACGACUGUUGAAUCUUUUGGUUCUAGUUCCGAGCCCUGGAAAAACAGCAAUAAAGACACAAACUUUUGUUAGACUAAGAGACAAUAACAAUUUUAUUUAGAAUAACGAUCUAGUGAAGUAAAAUGACGACAAAUCAUCAUCAUUCGUCACCUCCACCACCACCACCACCACCUGUCAGUACAGAACGUCGGAGCGUUCUUGGCGAAAAUCUUCUCACUAUUGUCACAAUCAUUGGAGUUAUUGGUGGCACAGUGUUCGGUCUUAUCUUAAAAAAUUCGAACAGAGAAUGGACUCAACGUGAAAUUAUGUAUAUUCAAUAUCCUGGAGAUUUGUUUUUAAGGAUGCUGAAAUGUCUUAUUGUACCAUUGAUAGUUUCAUCAAUUACAAGUGCUAUUGGCGCUUUAGACUUAAGUCUAUCAAAAAGAAUCGCUAUUAGAUCAAUAGUUUAUUAUUUCACAACAACAGUUUGUGCAGUUAUUUUGGGCAUCAUUUUAGUUAACAUCAUUCGACCAGGCGAUGGAAAUGAUGCAUUGAAAAAUAAAAGUGGCCCAAAAGUUACUCGUGACGUUCUAACAGCAGAUACUUUAUUGGAUUUAGUGAGGAAUCUUUUCCCACCAAACAUCGUUCAGGCUACAAUGUUCCAAUAUAGAACACAUUUGGAACCACCAGAAAAUGCAGAAGCUGUGAUCAAGAAUGGUACGAAAAUAUAUCUUUCUGGGUUAUCUGCCUUCCAACGUAACGAAUACACCAUAAAGAACUACCAAAACUUGAAUGAUGCAGAAUUCCAACUUCUUUUAAAGUCUGCAGUUCCAUUGGAAAGAUUCAAAAUUAAUGGUCAAUGGCGUGAGGGAAUGAAUGUGUUGGGAUUGGUCAUGUUCAGUGUUGUUUUGGGCGCAACUAUUGGAAAGAUGCGUGAAAAGGGCAAACCAAUUCAAGACUUCUUGGUAGCUUUGAGUGAAGCGAUGAUGAUCAUCACACGUUGGGUUAUUUGGUUGUCACCUAUUGGUGUAUUCUUCUUGAUCACCGCAAAAAUCCUCGAGAUGGAAUCAUUGAUUCAAGUUAUCGGAAAUUUGGGACUUUACUUCCUCACAGUUGUUUUGGGAUUAACUCUUCAUGGUUUUGGAACAAUUGCCGUCAUUUUCACACUUAUAGUGCGAAAGCUUCCUUUCCCUUACGUCAUGAAAAUGUCACAAGUCUUAGCAACUGCUUUCGGUACUGGAUCAAGCUCUGCCACAAUGCCAAUCACAAUCAAUUGUCUUGAUCACAUGGGCAUUGAUCCAAGAGUUACACGUUUUGUCAUUCCAGUUGGUGCAACAAUAAACAUGGACGGAACUGCACUUUAUGAGGCUGUUGCUGCUAUAUUCAUUGCACAAUUACACGGCAUGUCUCUUACAUUUGGCAAAAUUGUUGGUGUUAGUGUGACUGCAACUGCUGCAUCUAUCGGUGCUGCUGGCAUUCCACAAGCUGGUUUGAUUACUAUGGUCAUGGUUCUUGAUACUGUUGGCUUACCUGCUGAAGACGUUACACUUAUCAUUGCUGUUGAUUGGCUUCUUGAUCGAUUCCGUACAACCAUCAACGUCAUGUGUGAUGCACUUGGGACAAUAAUUGUGGACCAUCUUUCCAAAGGAGAGUUAUACAGACCUUCAUUAAAUUAUGAAGAUGGAGAACCUCAUGAACUUUUAGAAUUGCGUCAGGAAAAGGAAUAAAUUGAUUAACGAUAAAAGAAAUACGAGAACAAUAACUCAACAUCGCCAUCAAAGUUCAUCGUUCAGUUGAAAAUUGUCUUUCAAAAUUUACAUUUGGUUGAGUGGUGAAAGCUUUUAAUUCGAUUGCGUUAAAUUUAAUAAGAUAAGAAAUAGAAACAAAUUUUUUUGUUGGAAAUCCCUACAUACUUACAAGAAUCGAAAAAAAAUGUGUAAAACAGCUGCGAAAUUAUUUACCUACUUCCAUUAAUUUUUGUCGCACACGUUUAUUGAUCACGACAAGAAAAAAGAAUUUUGGGAUGGAAAAACAUUUUUCUGUGCCAAAAACUGAAAUAAAUCAGACACAUCAUCUAUUAAUAUUUUUCUUCUUUUUUUAUAAUAAAAUGUACGUAAAGAAUUUAUGUAAUUUAACUAAGUUAAUGUUAUACAUUGAAAAUUAGUUGAGAAUUUGAAGUUUUUAAAAUUUUUGUUAUCGUUUCAUUGGAAUUGUCUUUGGUAUGAAAAAAAACAUAAAAUCUCAAACAUAUUUCACGUAGGAUUUAGAGCGAGAUAAAAAUAUAUUUAAAUGGAUAUUAAAUUAACUACUCAAAAUGAAACUGAAAGUAAAAUUGAUAAUAAGAAACAUUUAAAAAUGGAAAAAAAGUAACAAUGCAUCAAUGGAUAAUAAUUUUGAUAUCUUUUUGUCUUCUCAACUGAUCAAAAAUGAUGGAAAUGAAUUUUCAUUCCUUCAUUCUGUUUGGUGAUGAAGCUCAAAGGAACAUAUAUUUUAUUGCCCGCUUAAAGAGCGAUUAAAACAAUUAACAUUUAUUGAUAAAAAAUGGAAGGAUAUUUUUUGUGUAAUAAAUAAAUGUGUUCACAAUGAAUGAGAAAAAAAGAAGAGUUUUGAAUGGAGGGAAAUGCAA